CAAGAGAACUUCAAAAUCACAUAGUUUACAAGAUGGUUGCUUGUGUUAUCUUCUUGUCCACUUUAUAUUGAUUUCUCUCACACUAUCACAUCGCUAAGUACUUACAUCUCAUUUAAAAUAAAUAUCCAAUAAUACAUUACACUUAGUUAGCCAUGUCGGUGAAGCUGUACGAAGCGCGAGAGCACGUCAAGGCGGCAGAAAAAUUCCUGAAGACGGGACUUCUCCGUUGGAAACCGGACUACGAUUCUGCAGCCGACGAAUACAGCCAGGCGGCCCAAUGCUUCCGCAUAGCCCGAGACCUGGUGAACUCGAAGGAUUGUCACCUCAAGGCUUCCGACUGCUACAAGAAGAACCGGUCGUUCUUCCACGCGGCGAAGGCACUGGAAAACGCCAUCAUUGUCUGCAAGGAAACGGCACUGCCUGACGAGAUCUACUCCCUGGCGACGGAAUCUUCAAGUUUAUACCAGCAGCACGGGUCGGGUGACAGCGGCGCCAGUGUGCUGGACAAGGCUGCUAAGAUCCUCGAGGAGAACUCCCCCGAGCUGGCCGUCAAGCUGUUCCAGCAGGCGGCUGAUGUAUCUUCUACGGAGAGCAGUCAGCACCAGGGUUCGGAGUACAUCAGCAAAGCUUCGCGCAUACUCGUCAAACUACAAUGGUAUGACCAAGCAGUGGACAGUCUCCGUCGCGAGAUCGGCUUCCACCAGGAGUCUGGCAACACUGGAGCUAUCGGCCGCCUGACCGUCGCAAUCGUGUUGGUGCAACUGGCCAGGGGUGAUGCUGUGGCUGCUGAGAAGGCUUAUAAGGAAUGGGGCAGCAACUGCGAGGUAGCUGAAAUGCAGACCCUAGAACAAAUACUCCAAGCGUACGACGAAGAAGAUAGAGAGUCCGCCAAAAGAGCCCUAGCGAGCCCCUUCAUUCGCAACAUGGACGUGGAAUACGCCAGGCUGGCGGCCACCGUGCCGCUGCCCGAGGCCAUGGAGCCCGCGCCCAGGGCUUCGGUCCGGGAGAACGCGGCGCCGUCCUACGUCAGUCCCAACGCACAGUCCACUACCACUGCGCAAGUGCUGAACGAGGAAGAGGAAUCUCCCUACGCGCCGGUCACGUACGCCAAGAAGUCUGAUGACGAUGAAGACCUAUGUUAAACAUCAAUUUAUCUACAUUUAUUUCAUUAUUAUUAUUACGAACAAUGUAUAUUAACGAGCCCGAACUAUCAUGUACUCUGACAAAAAAAUCUCUGAAGACCCGUACAUAAAAAAAAUAUUAUAUAGUUAUCGGCACGAAUCUUGAGCUCUGACCUUCACCUGAGCAGAAGUAAUUUAUUGGGUCCCUUUUGUGAUAUGAAGUGAGGCGCGGGGGCGGGGUAAAGCGGUGAUUGGCCCGCAGCGCAUCGCGUGAAAGCCGUCACUCGGGAUUGGUUCUUUGCUAAUAAAUCACUUCUGCGCAGAUGUAGGUCAGAGCUCAAGAUUUGUGCCGAUAACUAUAAUAAAGAAUAUUUUACAAAUAACGUAAGAUAAUUGAAUCUUUACCAUACCUAACGAUGCGGUUGUUACGGGUAGUCAGAAGCCAGUCUGACAACCAGUCUUACUCUUAGUAUUGGUAUGCCCGGGUGACUGGGUUGAGGAGGUUAGAUAGACAGUCCUUCCUUGUAAAACUCUGGUACUCAACUGUAGGCUGGAAGCCGACCCUACAUAGUUGGGAAAAGGCUAGUCAGAUGAUGAUGAAAAUAUAUGUUACUAUAAAUCAUUUGUACCUGUCGUUAAGGACAAGGCAGAUAUCAUCAGGCGAAUUGAAAGAUCUCACUUUUUUGUCGAAAUACGAAAGUUCAGGCUUGUUAAGAUACUUCGUAUAUUAUAAUUGUUUAGUUUGCCUACCAACAAUAAUGAUAGCACUAUAAUAUGAUUAUUUUGCCAAAUCAUGUUUUUUUUGGAGUUUUGGUUAUGUCACCAAUUUUCUUAAUAACUUAUUCUGUCUUUCAGUUGUAUAUAUAGCAUUUAAGUUGAUCUGUUUCUUGUGGUUACACCUUUCCGCAAUCGGAUAAAUAGUAGCCUACCACUACCUGUUUGAGUGCCAACUUUAAUUUUAAAUAGAUUUAGAUUUGACUUGGAGUUACUUUUGCAUUUAUAAUAUUAGUAAAAUGUCAUUUAUUUAUUUACAUACACAACCUUACGUCUACUAUUACAGGCGUGCGUAAUGCGGCAGAUAGGUUCUUAUUAUUUCUAAACUAAGAACACAAUCACUGAACUGUAUUUCAGGUGACUUCUAACCAAAGAACUUUUAAAGCCUUUAUAUUAUAUUCCUUUAUUAUUUGCUUACUUAAUACUGUUAUAGUGCUAUCAAAACAUUUGACAGAGAUGGGAAGAUUCUUUUUAUAAUAAUUUAUAGUAAAAAGCAGUCAUUAGCCUAAUGUAAAUGAAAGUAUGAAAGUGAGUCUAAAGCCGUCUCGGUUGAACAGUAGGCCUUAAAUUAUGUUAGGCUGUUAGCUAAAGUUAUUUAUAACGUGCUUUGUAUAUGUUGGUUAUAUUAUUUAAGUGAUCGCCAUCGCCCAUCCAUCGCUAUUUCACAAAGUUAAGAUUCAUUCAUAUAGACAGACAUUUGAGCUAGCUAGACAUGUAGCGUGGAUAACAAAAUACUAUUUAAAAAUCGAAAUAGUUUAUUUUUAACUUUGUACAAGAAAUUGUACUUUUGACCGAAAAUGGAGGCACCAAUUUAUUGUAGGUAUACCUACUAACACAUAGUAUCUCUUACUUGACCUCUCAAGUACGGUUGUGUCAACUUACGAGUCUUGUUAUUUUCCGGUGACAUAUAAGGUAUAUCUUGGACACUAAUUACUGAGUAAAAGUGAAAAAAAGAAUCUUGAGGAAGUCUGAAUUAUCAGCCUUUGUAUCUUACCGCUGCUGGGCUGCGGCCUCCUCUCACACGGAGAAGGUUUGAGCGUUAAUCACCACGCUUGCUCAAUGCGGGUUGGCGAUUUCAGACUUUAUAGUCAGGGUUUCUUUCACGUUUCAAUCAGGCAUUCGUUUCUAAGAUAUACUUUUGAAAGUACAUACACACUUAGAAAAAUUGCAUUGGUACUGAUGCACCAUUAUGUAUAUAAAAAAUAUAAAAACUUGUAUGUCCUUGUCUCCCACGUUACGUGCUAGUGAACGCUCAAUUGUGACUGAUAACGCAAUAUAUGACACGUAUAAUAUUCUUGCAAAGAUAUUCGUGGUGAGAUGUAAAAGCAAUCAGUAGUUAGAGCUUUAAACUAGGUUUAAAGAUCAAGCAUUUGCUAAAGUCAUUAGACAAAUGUUUCACAAGAAACAAUGUAUAUUUAUAUGUAUAUCAUAUGUCAUCAUAUCCCAUUUGCUUGGUUUCUAUUGCUAUGCUAUUUCGAAAAAUGUUUGUGGUACAUAUAGUAUGUAUUAUAUCAAGUUUAAAAUACCGGCAAAUAAAUAAAAUAUGUUGUUAAUGAAAAUAUUUCGUUGCUAUAUCAAAUAUUUGCAAUUUUAAAACUUACCAUCGAGCACUUGCGUCAAUUCAUACACAUUUUCUAUAAUGUUAUACUUUAUGAUAUUCAUAGAAUGUUAGCUAAGUGAGAUUUAGUGAGAUUAAUAGUUUAUGCAUAUUUAUUAUUGUAUUCGAAGGAGCAAAUAAUCCUAAAAUGUAGUUUUUUUUGCUUUAUAUCUAGCUUACCCAAUCUACGUAUACUCCGACUAAAUUCAAAGUGGUAUAAUCUAAACCAUAGUGAAUCAACUGAAAUAUAUUUUGAAUUUGGUUGGGUUUUACCGCCAUUGCUUACAUUUGUUUGCUUCUUCGAAUAUAAGUAUUUUAAUGUUCUGUAAGAUAGAAUUGUUGGUUUACGAUGAAUUUCAAUAACUUAUCUGUUGAUUUGCUUACUAGAGAUAGGAAUUUAAAUGGUUAAUGUCCAAAUAACUGUUUUUAUGAAUUUUAAAAUGUUCAAAGUUGUUUUAAGAGAAAUGGACGUUCAUAGUGUUAGUGAACGUGGGCUUUAAUAGGUUCACCUUUUACGGCCAUGUGAAGCCAAGAAAGAUAUUCUAAUUUACAGAACAUAUAAAAUUAGAUGUUAAAUAAGUAUUUGGAAAAAUAUGAACGAUGUUGCUUUUGAUUAGUACUAAGUCACGUUAUGCUAGCUGUUUCCCCGCGGUUUCUUACUACAAAUGCACCCAGUAAAAAUUAUCCCAUCUUAUAGAAAGUGGUUAAAAAAAUACCGGCUAGGGUACCAAAAUACUUCGAAAUGAUGGCUUAAAACAUAGCAUGAACGCCGGUACUUUUUAAGGACCACUUUUUAUAAUACCUAAGUUUCAAUCGGCGUUUUAAAUAUGAUUUAUAUUGCGUCAUUUGUUUAAGUUUUUUCGCAGCAUUGAAAUCUACUUUUAACCGAUUUGUCAAUAUCUUGUGAAAUACGGGGAAACGUUUAUUAUUUAUACACACGUGAUUAACGUAAAUUGUUGUAGGCAUAUAGGAAUACCAGUUAAUUAUAAACGCAUAGUUACGCGAAAAUAGAUACCCAAUAUUUUGUCUGCGUAUUUCGAAUAAUUGUUCAUAUAACAUAUUCUCAUACUGUAAAUGUUUUACUGCAUUAUAAUGCUAUAUUCCAGAUUCUUUAAUCUUUUUCAAGAGAAUGAAUACUAUUUACGGCCGUUUCCAAUAUUCUGUCCAUUUAUUGAUUUGCUUACCAGAGAUAGGACAGCCCCAUGUAAGUUAUGACAAAGUCCUAUCUUCGAGUAAGCAAACAAUAGAUAGAUUAAGUAUUGGAAACGGCCCUUAGUCGGUUAGUGCAUUAGUCUUGUCUCUUUCUAGAAUUCGCGAUCUUUAUGAAAAUGUUAACACUAUUUUUAUUGUUUAAAAUUAAUGUUGCCAGCUACAUAACUGUAGUGUAUUAAGUAGUUACGUACUUAUUAUUGUUUAAAUGUAUAUUGUAUUACUUAUUUGUAUUUGCACCUACUCUAUGUAAAAUGCAAAUCGUAUAUUUUUAUUGUUAUUUUUGUACUUGUGUACGUCCAAAGUUCGUCGACGACAUAAACGCCAGUUUUCUUGAAACGACUGCAUACUUUUGUGGAGUCACAUAGUCAACAUGACGGGUCUGCCCGCUGGAGGUUACCGCCGGCGGCCACAGCGUACGCGAGGGCGCCACCAGCGUCUGCGCGAGCGACGAACUCCGCCGGUUGUCAGCAGCGGGCAUUUAUUUUUUCCCAUUGUUAAUCUUGUAACAGUCGCUAUUUCACUAUAUCAGUUUUAAGAAAAACGGUGGUGUAUGUUGUCGGUAACUUGGCUCUUAAUUGUUUAAAAGUGCCCAAAAAGACAUGUGCUAUUGCUUUGAUAUUAUAUACUUUAUGUUAUUUCGUUAUUGUUACAGCUAGCUAGAUUGUGUGUAUAGCGUUAAAAGCUCAUUCAAUUCACUGCGAAAAUGCGAGGAAACUGAAUAAAAUUGUCGACUGAAGUAAUUAGUACCCCAUCUUAAUUUAAAAGAAAUUCAAUGAAAAUAUAUAACAUGAUUGGUGAAAUUAAGAUUUUAUAUUGGGCUUCCAGUUGCAGACAUACAGACAGACAAAAAUGUGUUCUUUAUUUAAUAUUAGCACAGUUUAAUUAUAUUCUCUUGUAAACAGUUGUGAAGCUACGUUCUUACGCGUGUGUGACAUUUUUACAAACGUUAGUACAUAGCUACACAACUGUUUAAAAGAGAAUAUAUCUAAACUGUGAUAUUAGUCAGUUUAAGUAAAAUACGCACAAUUAGCUACAUAACGGUCUUUCCACAGUUUCAAGUAAUGUGAUCUCUCUAACCAAACAAGCUUUUGAGUAUUUCCUCACACUUUCGCAGUGAAUACCUAAUAUAUAAGUAAGAUACAACCUUAAGAGGGAAUAUGGUCAAAUGGAUUAAAUCAAUGUAAAAAUUUAAUCAAUCA